AUGGGCGUGGGCGAUGAAUCCCUCCCGUCCAGUGAACGUCCCGAGUUUGGCUCUGUCAACAUAGCCCUCGGCGAAUAUCCAGCAACGUCAACAGAUAGCAAUGUCGACGCCAAUCAGGUGGCCGACGACAUCAUUGCGCAGUUCAACAAUGCGCUGUUGAAGAGAGACGAUGCAGCCACGGCCGCCCUCUUCCUCGAGGACAAGAGCUAUUGGCGCGAUCACCUUGCUCUGACUUGGGAGCUGCGAACGAUAAAGGGUCGUGGCAAGAUUGAGCAGUACCUCGAGUCGGCAAAGGUGUUGUUGACCAAGGUAUCGGUUGACAGAAGCUCGCCUGUUCGCGCGCCCAAGUUUGGGCCAAUUGAUGGCUGGGGCGAUGUCAAUGGGAUUACCUUCUUCAUCAACCUUGAGACAGAUGUUGGUCGUGGUGAUGGUGUGGUUGCCUUGGCUGAAGACCAUGGUGUGUGGAGGAUUUUUACCAUGUAUACGUUGUUGAAGGAACUCAAGGGUUACGAGGAGCCUGUGGGUCAUCGCAGACCCAGAGGCGUCAAGCAUGGUGGUGAUCCGAAUCGUAAGAACUGGGCUGAGUUGAGGGAAGAGGAGAGGAAGAAUAUCGAGCCAACUGUACUCGUCGUGGGAGCUGGACAAGGUGGACUCACUGUGGCAGCACGCCUCAAGAUGCUAAACGUACCCACGCUCAUCAUAGAUGCCAAUGAGCGCGUGGGUGACAACUGGCGCAAGAGAUAUCGACAGCUCGUUCUCCACGAUCCAGUCUGGUACGAUCACAUGCCUUAUGUUCCCUUCCCCCCUAACUGGCCUGUCUUCACCCCCAAAGACAAACUCGCCGAAUUCUUCGAAGCCUACGUCAACCUGCUCGAGCUUAACGUCUGGACCUCGACCUCCAUUCAAUCCACCAAUUGGGACCCCACCAAAAACCAAUGGACCGUCGAGCUCUCCCGCCGCCUCCCCGAUGGUACCACGGAAACCAAAACUCUCCACCCAAACCACAUCAUCCAAGCCACGGGCCACUCCGGUAAACCCAACAUGCCCUCUCUCCCCGGCCUCGACUCCUUUGCCGGCGACCGUCUCUGUCACAGCUCUGCCCAUCCAGGGGCCAACCCUGCCUCAGCAGGGGAAAAAGCAAUCGUAGUCGGCAGCUGCAAUUCAGGCCACGACAUCGCCCAAGACUUUUACGAAAAGGGGUACCACACCACCAUGAUCCAACGCAGCACCACCUGCGUCGUCUCCUCAACCGCCAUCACCGACAUCGCCCUCCAGGCUCUCUACUCGGAAGACGCGCCCCCAACCGACGACGCCGACCUCCUCGCCUGGAGCACACCCAGCGCCCUCGCAAAAACCACCCAAGUCAAACUAACCGCCAAACAAGCCGAACACGACAAACCGCUACUCGACGGCCUCUCCAAAGCCGGCUUCGCCCUCGACAAAGGUCCCAUGAACGCCGGGCUCACGUCGAAAUACUUCCAACGCGGCGGCGGUUACUACAUCGACGUCGGCUGCUCCCAACUCCUCAUCGACGGCAAAAUUCACAUCAAACAGGGUCACUCCGUCGCCGCCAUUCUCCCCCACGGCCUUGAACUCACAGAUGGCACGCGCCUCGACGCCGACGAAAUCGUCUUUGCCACCGGCUACCAGAAUAUGCGUACCCAGGCGCGCGAGCUGUUUGGGGAUGAGGUGGCGGAUCGGGUGGGGGAUGUGUGGGGGUUCAAUGAGGAGGGCGAGUUUCGGACCAUGUGGCAGGCGAGUGGACAUCCGGGGCUGUGGUUUAUGGGGGGGAAUUUGGCGAUUUGUCGGUUUUUUAGUCGGGUGUUGGCGUUGAGGGUCAAGGGGGUCGAGGUGGGGUUGGUGGAGAGGGGGUGA